UUCUGUCUGACUUGACGCUGUCUAAGCAUGGUAGCUUUCCGUCCUGAUGAAAAUAUCAAAGUGUGCAGUGUCCUUGUAUUCUGUCAGAGAGCGGAGGUGUUGCAGUCAGUCCCGGUGCAUCAGCGGAGCACAGAGGGCAGAGUGUCCGGCCUGGAGUGUCACUGUCCUCGGACGUCAGGAACCACAGUGUCCCCCCUCUGACUGACUGAUCCCCGGCAUGCGGAGCCGCUUUCUCCUUGGAUGACCUACACGCAACCUCUCGCAGGAGCAACGGACGUCGGUUCAUUACAGCCGAACACCUGCUGGUGAGGAGGCGCAGCAGGGUACGCAUUAAUAUCCAGCGGACCACAAGUCAAAACGAGUCUCCUGCAGGCUUCAGGCCGACUCUGGAGCAGCUGACCUGGGGAGCGAAAUACGACGUAGCGAAUUUAUUUUUGUUUGUUUUCUUCCAUCGUGGCUGCGUCAGGAGGAGCGGACAGUGGACAGAGUGGAAGUUGCAGAGUUGACAGUCACCUGAUAAUUAACAGAUAGACAGUCUUAAAACACAGACACGACUGAAUUUCUGGAGGUUACUGGCGUUCACAUGAUGUACACAAUCACCAGAGGUCCCAGCAAGCUUGUUACACAACGGAGGACAGGUCCCACACAACAAAUCGAGAGCAAGUUCAGCGACUUGAAGCUCAAACCGACGUCUUGGCUCUCAUCAAACUCUCCGCCCCCAAAGAUCGUGUUCAAUCGUCUGAACGGGAAGCGCUACCACAGCUCAGCCACCCAGAAGACCUCCAGCCCAGCAGAGGGAUUCACUCCUGCACAUGAAGAGAACGUCAGAUUUGUGUAUGAAGCAUGGCAGGAGGUGGAGCAGAAGCUGGGGGAUGGUGGGGAGUCAACCGACAGCCAGGGGCCCAUUCAGUACACUGAGAAGACUCCCAGUGCUGCGAUGAAGAACUUUGUGCCCAUAGACCUGGAGGAGUGGUGGGCUCAGCGCUUCCUUGCUAACAUUGCCAACCUGUCAUGACUGGGUGAGGCUUUGAGCCGGGACAGGAAGCACCAUGUUGAUGCUCAAUUGGUGAAGGCAUCACAAGGGUGGAGAGGAGGCGAGUCUGUCUCCAGGAAAGGGUGUGAAAGGGUCGUGCGUAAUUUGGAAUCUGAUUUGAUGCCUUGUGCUUCACCCCGAUGCAACAACAGCGACCUGACUGAACUCUGACAGCGCUGACUUAAGGCUGCGCUGCUAUGAAGGACCCGUCUCUCUCUACUUGAAUGACGUAUCGGAUAGAAGUUGUGAGAGUUUGAAGAACCUGCCUCCUUUCUCAAGUGUACUCAGCUGUAUGAACAUCAUGGCUGAUCUUUUAUUAUAAAUCUGUUUAAGAGCAAAAAAAGUAAAAUGUUCUUCAAAACUU